GUCACGGCGCCAGAAUCCGGAAGCAGCUGCGGGUCUUGUGGGAAAGCAGGCGGCGAGCAGACCCCGGGCAGCGGCGGCGGCGGCAGCGCGGGGUGGGUGGGCCCCAGAGUCCGGCGGGGCCAGCGCGACCCGGAGGGCUUCCCGGAGGCGGCAGUUGUGCCACCAGGUCGGGGCCGGUCCAGCUCUACCAUGGACCUACUGUUUGGGCGACGGAAAACUCCCGAAGAGCUGCUACGGCAGAACCAGCGGGCCCUGAACCGAGCCAUGCGGGAGCUGGACAGGGAGCGUCAGAAGCUGGAGGCCCAAGAGAAGAAAAUCAUUGCUGACAUCAAGAAGAUGGCCAAGCAGGGACAGAUGGACGCCGUGAAAAUCAUGGCCCGUGAUCUGGUACGCACGCGCCGCUACGUCAGCAAGUUUGUGAUGAUGCGGGCCAACAUCCAGGCAGUGUCCCUGAAGAUACAGACACUCAAAUCCAACAACUCCAUGGCUCAGGCCAUGAAGGGUGUCACAAAGGCCAUGGGGACCAUGAACAGGCAGCUAAAGCUGCCCCAGAUUCAGAAGAUCAUGAUGGAGUUUGAGCGCCAAGCAGAAAUCAUGGACAUGAAGGAAGAGAUGAUGAAUGAUGCCAUCGAUGAUGCCAUGGGGGAUGAGGAAGAUGAGGAGGAAAGUGAUGCUGUGGUGUCCCAAGUGCUGGAUGAACUGGGCCUGAGCCUGACUGACGAACUCUCCAAUCUCCCUUCUACGGGUGGAUCCCUCUCUGUAGCUGCUGGGGGCAAGAAGGCUGAACCUUCUGCAGCCCUGGCCGAUGCUGAUGCAGACUUGGAGGAGCGCCUCAAGAACCUGAGGAGGGACUGAGCCAACUGGGAGGAGAGGAGGGAGUGCUAACCCCCACCCCAAGAAUAAAAGUUUUUAAGAUGCCAA